GUGGGAUUUGUUUGCUUUCCAAAGAACUUUGUCAACUGGGAUAUGCUAAAUGGAUGGCCAUAAUGUAUUUACAAUGGCAAAAGUCACAUGGGCUAAGAAUCGACACAAAAAAUAAUUCAACUUCUUAUGAAUUAUUAUGGAGAUGUUUUUAUAUAUAUAUAUAAUUGGUGAGAGGAGAGUCCACCAACACUAGUAUUAUCGUAUCCCUUCAUAAUAGAAUAUACUUUGAACUCAGGCACACUGGUGCAUAAUACUGUCAUGUCAUGUCUUCGAUGUUGUUUGGUUUGAUUCAGCAAAUUUGAACAAAAGGGCUUGAUGGAAUUAACUUCUUCUUUUGGUUUAACCUUCUUCUAUGACUAUGCUACUCCAAGCAAAGUAGUCCUAUGGCUGGCAUCUAUCUUCUCCGGCAUCAUCUUAUGCGUUCUUGUUUAUACAUCAACUGCUAUUUUAAGUUCUUUGUUGUUCAAGGGAUAUGGAAAAUUGAGCAGUGCAGAGAAAAUUGAAUGGAAUAACAGGGGAUUCUCUACAUUUCACGCUCUUUUUGUAUCAUCUGCAUCUUUCUACCUCCUCAUCUUAUCAGAUGUCUUCAAUGUGAAUUCACAUGGCGACGUAGUUAUUAAUAGAUCAUCAACAUUAUCAGAUGCAGUAUUGGGGAUUUCUAUUGGUUAUUUUCUAACAGAUUUGGCAAUGAUUCUUUGGAAUUUUCCAGCUUUAGGGGGUCUUGAAUAUGUUCUACACCACGGCCUGUCCAUAGGUUCUAUUACACUAUGUCUGCUAAGUGGUCAAGUUCACAUCUACAUACUAAUGGUUCUUUUCUCUGAGAGCACUACUCCUUUUGUAAAUCUUAGAUGGUACUUGGAUAUUGCUGGCCUUAAGAGCUCCAAACUUUACAUUUGGAAUGGCAUCGCAUUGUUCUUUGGGUGGUUGGUUGCAAGGAUUUUCCUGUUCAUGUUCCUAUUUUACCACAUAGGGACCCGUUAUGUAGAGGUGAAGGAGAUCUUUCUAUUUGGUUUUUACACCUUGAUUAUGGUGCCUUCUGUGUUGGCAGUGCUGAACAUAUUUUGGUUCUGGAAGAUUGCAAAGGGCAUGGUUAAAACUCUCACAAAAGCAAAACACAGCAAGUGAGACUGACAAAUACACUUAACAUAGUAUCAAUCAACAUUACCAAUGAGAAGGCCAGUAAUGGUUUUAUAGUAGAGUUACGACCAACAUUUUUAUUUUAACCUGUAAGCUUUACUACACUACUACAGUUGGAUAUUUUGAAUUUUGAAUGUUAAUUGAAUUUAUUUUAGUGGCAAAAUAUUAUCUCAA